GUAUAAAAUGCAAUCGCAAUCCCGACAAGUUAAGAAACAUAAAAUGUUCUUGUUUUAUUGGUAGAUACAACAGUGACCUCUGUGGCAAGCAAGCUCAACAAAAGGCAUUGCUUUGCUCUUGUGUCCUUACAACCUACCUUUUGUAGAAAGAAAGCUGGAAUCGUCAAGGUAUCGUCUAGUGUAUUCGAAACCCCGGAUCAUAUACCAACCGGUUUUUCAGCUAACAUACGAAUCACAAGACCAACACUUGGUUUGCCCUCCAAUCUGAUUUUAAAAAUAUCCAGUUUUUACUUUGCUUUCGAAAUUGGAUGAUGGAGAGUUGAACACAUCCAACUAAGACAAGGUAUUCUUCCUCUUGACCUUCUACUUGAACUCCAAGCCAAAGAAAGCCAACUACAUCAAAGAUUCCUCUUAUAACAUGUAGUAUUAAUACCCCUUUUAGCCAAGAAGAGGGGAGAAAGAGAUUGAUAAUUUUGAAGUUAGGAGAAUUUAUUGAAAGAUGGGAGAGAUGAUUGUCUUCUUUGACAUCGAGACAACAGCGCCGGCCAGCGAUGGCGGGAGAUUGUGGAUGUUGGAGUUCGGAGCCAUACUGGUUUGCCCCCGCAAGCUAAGAGAGGUGGACAGCUUUUGCACUUUGAUACGACCGGGCGACCUCUCCACCGUCGCACCAAAGCGGUUCAGCGGCAUCACCCGCGAUGCUGUUGCUGCCGCUCCAGCGUUUGAGGAGGUCGCUGACCGCAUAUUCGGAAUCCUUAAUGGAAGGGUUUGGGCAGGCCAUAACAUCCAAAGAUUCGAUUGCCACCGUAUCAAGGAGGCCUUUGCCGACAUCGGUCGGCCGCCACCGGAGCCGAAAGGAUUGAUCGACUCUUUGGCCAUCCUAACGCAUGGGUUUGGAAGAAGAGCAGGUGAUCUCAAGAUGGCAACCUUGGCUUCUUACUUUGGCCUUGGGCAGCAAAAACACAGGAGCCUUGAUGAUGUUAGAAUGAACCUAGAGGUCCUCAAGAACUGUGCAACAGUCUUGCUCUUGGAAUCCAGCCUUCCACAAAUCUAUCCAAACAAGAGUUUGGGGAACCAAGGGAUGGUGACUAGAAGCAAAGCCAACGGGCGCCCGUUGUCAUGCGGCAUGGAAGCCUAUCGAAAAUCUCCUCCAGCGGCGACUUCCCUCGGAAGCCAUCGGGCGUCUCCUUACGAGAAGGAUCACAAGAUAGGAAAGGUGAUGGAGAGAGCAAAGGAUGCUCUAAGGAAGAGUGCAUCCCUGAAGACCCUGCUUAAACACUCAAGAACACUGCUUAGGUGAGGAAGAAGAAGGAUCAAAGUUGA